AUGGCUCGGCCCUGGCAGGCGCCCCUCGGGGGGCUCUUGGGGGCGCUCCUCCUCCUCCUCCUCCUGCCGCCGCUCCCCGGCGCGCUGGGCAGCUCGGGCGGGCACGGCGAGGGCGAGGGCGAGGGCAACGGCACCGUCGCCUACCAGAUCGUCACCUUCAAGUGGCUCCACGUCAAGGACCCCUACAUCAUCGCCCUCUGGAUCCUGGUGGGCAGCCUGGCCAAGAUCGUUUUCCACCUGUCCCAUAAAGUCACCAGCGUGGUUCCAGAGAGCGCAUUGCUCAUCUUCCUCGGCAUCUGCCUGGGUGGCAUCGUGUACGCGGCCGACCACAUUGCCUCCUUCACCAUGACCCCGACUCUUUUCUUCUUCUACCUGCUGCCCCCCAUCGUCUUGGACGCGGGAUACUUCAUGCCAAACCGGCUGUUCUUUGGCAACUUGGGCACGAUUCUCCUGUACGCCGUCAUCGGGACCAUCUGGAAUGCGGCCACCACAGGCUUGUCACUUUAUGGGGUCUACCUCAGUGGAAUCAUGGGCCAUCUGAACAGUGGGCUGCUGGACUUCCUCUUGUUCGGCAGCCUGAUUGCCGCAGUGGAUCCUGUUGCCGUGCUGGCAGUGUUUGAGGAGGUCCAUGUCAACGACGUCCUCUUCAUAAUUGUUUUCGGAGAAUCGCUGCUCAACGACGCGGUGACUGUGGUGCUGUACAACGUCUUUGAUUCCUUUGUCGCCAUCGGAGCCGAGAACGUGACCGGUGUGGACUGUGUCAAAGGCAUAGUGUCUUUCUUCGUGGUGAGCGUGGGAGGCACCUUGAUUGGCGUGGCCUUCGCCUUCCUGCUCUCGCUCGUCACCCGUUUCACGAAGCAUGUCCAAAUCAUCGAGCCAGGAUUUGUGUUUGUCAUCUCCUACCUCUCCUACCUGACAGCUGAGAUGCUUUCUCUUUCGGCCAUCCUUGCUAUAACUUUCUGUGGUAUCUGCUGUCAAAAAUAUGUCAAGGCAAAUAUUUCUGAGCAAUCUACCACCACUGUGAGAUACACCAUGAAGAUGCUGGCCAGCGCCACGGAGACAAUUGUUUUCAUGUUCCUGGGAAUUUCAGCGGUGGAUCCUAAAAUCUGGACCUGGAACACGGCUUUCAUACUCUUGACGUUGGUCUUCAUCUCCGUCUACAGGGUCAUUGGCGUCAUUCUACAAACCUGGCUCCUGAACUAUUACCGGAUGGUCCCUCUGGGGAUCAUCGACCAAGUGGUGAUGUCCUACGGGGGUCUCCGCGGGGCGGUGGCUUUCGCUUUGGUCGUGCUCCUGGAUGAAAAGAAAGUGAAGGAUAAAAACCUGUUUGUCAGCACAACAAUCAUCGUCGUGUUUUUCACAGUUAUCAUUCAGGGUCUGACCAUCAAGCCCUUGGUGCAGUGGCUGAAGGUGAAGAAGAGCGAGCAUCGAGAGCCCAAACUGAAUGAGAAACUCCACGGAAGGGCCUUUGACCACAUUCUUUCAGCUAUUGAAGAUAUAUCUGGUCAAAUAGGACACCAUUACCUGAGAGACAAAUGGAGCAACAUCGACAGAAAAUACCUCAGCAAAGUACUGAUGAGACAGUCUGCUCAGAAAACAAGAGAUCAGAUUCUUAAAGUUUUCCGGGAGCUCAACUUGAAAGAUGCCAUCAGCUAUGUGGCCGAGGGAGAACGAAGAGGUUCCCUGGCGUUCAUCCGAUCUCCAAGCAUCGACAACACUGCCAACGUGGAUUUCAGCAUCAUUAAUCAAAUGAACGGAGACGCCUCUGUCUCCCAGAUACUGAGAGACACCUCCAGUUCCGUCUGUCUUGACAUGCAGGCGCUAGAGCAGAGGAGGAAGAGCAUCCGAGACACAGAGGAUAUGUUCAGUCACCACACUCUUCAGCAGUAUCUGUACAAGCCCCGGCAAGAGCAUAAACAUCUGUACAGUCGCCAUGAAAUAACUCCCGAUGAAGAGGAUAAGCAGAACAAGGAGGUUUUCCAGAGGACCAUGAGGAAGCGCCUGGAGUCCUUCAAGAGCACCAAACCAGGCCACAACUGCAACAGGAAGUACAAAUUCCAUAAGCAAGGCCCAGGCCAGAAAAGAAAAACCAGUAAUGUCAUGCCAAAUGGAAAUCUGUACACAGAACCUGUAAAGGAAAAAGACACUGAAGUUUCUGAGGCUGAGGAGAAUAAUUAUGAUAAUCUCCACACAGGGCUGGCAAUGGAUUUCCUUGCUAAUGUCACCAGGCAGAAUAUUAUGGAUAUGAGUGGAGUUGAUAACCCAGUAUUUUCAGCCGACAUCGAACAAACCGCCACCAUGAGGUUUCCGCCGUGGCUGUACUCCGAAGAGAUGGUGGUGCCGUCCCCGAGGGCCCAAGAACAGAUCCCCUACUCUCCCAGCAACUUCCAGCGGCUGGCCCCCAUCCGGCUGAGCACUAGAUCCAUAGACUCCUUUCUGCAAGUUGACCUCCCCGAAGAACGGCCCCGGGCCUUCCUCCCGGAUUCAACACCCAUGUAA